UGGACACGGCAGAUCAGUGAAAACAACCGAGCAGGGCGGAGAAAAGCUCCAGCGAGGGGACCGGGGAACAUGAAACAGGCUUUUAGCACUCAGACUAACUACAGUAUUUAAUCUGGACAUCAAAGGACUGCUGAGACCACUGGGACUGGACAUGUGGCCAUAAGGUGACGGCUUGUUUAUCCACAUCGUAGCUCCAGGCUGAAGUCGCCGAGCACCCCUGUCGUCCCAAAGAGUUUUGUUCCUGAGGUGCAGGAGGCGUUGAGCUGCAGGGGCCAUGCAUCACGGGUGAGGGGGAUUCGCUGCAGGGGACACACACAACAACGGGUGAGGAGGGGAUCGGGGCCGGUCAGUGUGGAGAUGAAGCUCAAACAGCGCAUGGUGGUGCUGUGUGCCGUGCUCCUCCUGCUGGGCCUGGCCAAGAUCUUCCUGCUGGAUGGAGGUGAAGGGACCGCAGCCAGCCGGCGGGACCUCAGGGCCUUCCGCAAGAUGGAGGCCAGUCUUCCUCUGUCGCGUGGAGCUCGCCUCACACACACCCUCCAGUCUCCGUGGGAGAUAGCGAGCCAGUGGGUGGGUCCCAGAGAAGUGUACCCCGAGGAGACCCCCGAGAUGGCUGCAGUCCUCACCGCGCUGAGCACAGCCAGGAUAGAGCGUGCUGACGUAGGCUACAAGGGCACGCAGCUCAAAGCCCUGCUGGUGCUGGACGGAGGGCAGAAAGUUGUCUUCAAACCCAAGAGAUACAAGAGAGACUACGUAGUUGAAGGAGAGCCAUACGCUGGUUACGACAGACACAAUGCAGAGGUUGCUGCUUUUCACUUGGACAGGAUCCUGGGUUUCAGGAGAGCACCUCUGGUGGUAGGUCGAUACGUCAACCUGCGAACUGAGAUCAAACCUGUGGCCAAUGAUCAGCUCCUGAGCACUUUCCUCACGCAGGGUAAUAACACUUGUUUCUAUGGAAAGUGUUACUACUGUCGGGAGACGGAGCCAGCGUGUGCAGAGGCAGAAAUAAUGGAGGGGUCACUAACCCUUUGGCUGCCAGACGUCUGGCCGUUGCAGAAACACAGACACCCCUGGGGUCGCACAUACAGAGAAGGGAAACUGGCCAGGUGGGAGUACGAUGAAAGCUACUGCGACGCGGUGAAGAAAAUGCCCCCGUACGAUGCGGGGCCAAGGCUACUGGAUGUUAUUGACACUGCUGUUUUCGAUUAUCUCAUUGGGAAUGCUGAUCGACAUCACUAUGAGAGUUUCCAGGAUGACGGCGGCGCCAGCAUGCUCAUACUGCUCGACAAUGCAAAAAGCUUUGGGAACGCGGCUCUGGAUGAACGAAGCAUCUUGGCACCACUCUAUCAGUGCUGCAUGAUUCGUGUGUCCACUUGGAACAGGUUAAACUUGCUAAAGGGUGGAGCUCUGAGUUCAGCUAUGCGGCAAGCUCUGGCGUUCGACCCCAUUUCUCCAGUCCUGGCUGAACCACAUCUCGCAGCCCUGGAUAGGCGUCUAUCUGGAAUCAUGGCCACCGUGAAGCAGUGCAUGGAGGCGCAGGGGCCAGACAACACUCUUAUAGAGGACCGAAUGAACCUUCCACACCCUUAGAAACUGAGUGUGAGAUUACACAGCCUCCCUGGCCUUGACCAGGUACUAAACCAAACGGAUCAGCCCCACCACCAGGAAUAUAUGAAUCAUUGUGGUGGACCAAAGACGGUGGAUUUCAUAAUCCCUUGUCCAAACAUUGUUGCUCUGUGAAGACCGGAGUAGUGAAUGGAAAGGUAACACAGGAAUGUAGCUGUAUAAACUUCCUCUCAGGACCAUUUUCAAUCAAGAACCAAGUCUGCUGUAAGAACUGUCUGACUUUUACAGCUGGGGUCAGCAAAACUGUGGCCCUGUGCCAAAUCCUCCCCCGAUGUCACGCUUUCCUGCAAGACUCAGCUGAGGAGGAAGGAUGGCGGUCAUAGAGAUGAGCACACUUUCAAAUGGGAAAUUUCAAAUGAGCCACCCACGUCUCAGAUACAGACGCUGCCAUCAGGCUUUCUGUUUCAGGCUCUUUUGGAAGGUCAAGUCCGAGAAACUAAAAAGCUGCUUUCGGUCGAAUGAACGAGAAAUUAACAUUUAUUUUGGAGCCAAAAACUUUUCAUUUCCUUGAACUGAGAUUUAACCUUUGAAAGAGAAAAACUGAGAUAUCUGCAGAGAUAUACUGUCCUCAGCGUUGCAUCGGUGUAAAUAUUUAACUAAGUAGUGACAUAGAAUUAUGAAAUGACAGAGUAUAACUUUGUGGGUAAUAAUAUAAAGUGUGUGUGUGUGUGUGUGUGUGUGUGUGUGUGUGUGUGUGUGUGUGUGUGUGUGUGUGUGUGUGUGUGUGUGUGUGUGUGUGUGUGUGUGUGUGUGUGUGUGUGUGUGUGUGGAGGAACCAGUGCCAUACUGUGCUCUCAUUAGGAACGCUACUGAUGUGACUGACUUGAAGUGUAGAUGGAACAGAGGUUUGGUGUGUGGGUCCUUCUUCAGCAUUAAACUCUGAUCUGUUUA